AUGGAGAUUGAGAAAAGAGAGACUAAUAAAGGAAAAUUCUUGAAGAAGGGUUACCUUGUUGAUUCUCCCCAAGACCCUGUCUACUUUCCUGCAAGCAUCUUGGGGCCCACUCCUUGGUCCACACACUUCGCCCUUAAAUCAGGGGACCCCAAGUGUCAGAUUCUCCAGUACCUGGACCAGAAGGAUGUGCUGAAACCUGAACCCCACAUUCAACAUACCUGGGAGAAGCAGGCACUGGAGAAACUUCUUUCUCUAUCCCAUAGUCGGGUGAGAGACCUGGAAUCCACACAGGCAAACAGCCAAGAGGUGAUAAUGAGGAAGAAUGAAAAGGAGCUACAGGAAGCAAUAACAAUCCCACCACAGUGCAGUGAGCCAUCUGAAAAGCCCCAGUCAGAGAUCACAGAAGACAAUCAAAGGCAACCAAGCAUCGCAAAGGAGACUCUGACAGGCAGAAAGAGAAUACCAGAUAAAGAGCUUCUGAGCUGGGCAUCCAGGGGCCUGGCCCUGCAAGGGAUUUACCUGACCGACAACCCUAACGACCUGCUGGAGCAGCGAGAACCACUAAUUAGGAUCCCUGAGGAUUUUGCUCUCCGAGGCCCAGGGCAGCAGUCGAGGUUUGAGAAGAAGGAGUUUUCAUCCUCUCAAGCAGAAGCCUCAUUCACGCAGAAAAUGGAGAAACUGGGCUUCAGUCUGAGCUGCUCAGCCACAUCUCCAGACUGGGGCUGUAGCUGGGAGGCUGGUUUAGAUUCCAGCAAAUCUUCAGAAUCCAAAGGCAGCAGCUCAUCCCUCUCUGGUUACAACUACAUCUGCACAGCCAAGUUCAGCUAUGUCCCACUGGCCUCCGCUCACCUCGUGCAGCACCAGCUGAGACUGUCCCAAGAAGCCCUUGGGGAACUCAAACAUAUCGAGGAUCUGGGCUUCGUGCCCUUAGGAGCAAGUGGACCCCUGCACCUGGGGGGGAUAUUCUGGUGGAAAGCAGUAGUGGAGGGUUUCAGGGAGGAGCAGCGGGAGGAUGUGAGGCAACAGGCAUGUAAUGCACUGGAGUCUUACAUCAGGUGCGGUGACAGUGUCUUGGGUGUGAAGGCAACAGUGGGUGUGGGGGGAUCUAGGUCCCACUCAGAAAUGUCAUUCAAAGGCAAAGAGACCAAGAGCCUCCAAACAGCCAUUCAACUGUCUUUAACUAUGACAGGUGGCCCCCCAGGGGUGGACUCUGUCUCCCAUUGGAAAGCUGGGCUGGUAGCCAGUAACAAGACCUGGUGUGUGAUUGAUCGAGGCCAACGACUGCUGCCCGUAUGGGACCUAAUCCUGUCCAAUCACAGAAAGGAUUUUCGGGAUGUUCUUCAAGUGAACCACCAGCUCGCGGAGGCCUACACAGACCUAACGGGCAUAAGUGUGGAGAUCCUAGAGGGAGAGGAAUUACAAAAGGCAAUGGAGGACAUGAAUGCUCUCCUAGACCAUGUGAAAGCCUGGGAAGAAACUGAGCCCAAAAAACAGCUGUUAAAAGUGAUUGAUUUCAAGAAGAGAUUGAAAGAGAGAACGGAAAAUGACAAUUUGUGGAUCAAUCAAUGCCUUCCUGAUGAAAGGCUUCAGAAUUUCUUAAUCAAGAUAGUUUCAAAAUAUGAAAAUUCCCUGGCUCCUGACGUGAAUCAAAUUAAGUCUUUCAUGACCUGCCUUCUGACACCUCAGGAGCAUUGUGUUGAAAAUUUUCCCCAGUUGUCCUCCAUUAUAAAGUGGUCUUUUCACUUAGAUGAACAGCAAGAAAUGGAGACCUUUGUUUGCAGUUUGGAUGAUUUCCUCAAAGUUUUACAGCGAGUGGAGGACAAUAUUCAAGAAACUGCACAUGUUCCUGGAACUUCAAUGACUUCUGGCAAGGAUACCCAAAGAAAUGCCACUGUAAAUCUAAGCAAGUCAUUCCGCUCAUUAUGGAAGAAUCUCAGAGAGAUGGAGCAGAGAGAUGAGGAAAUGCUGCUGCUUUGCAUUGCCAUAAAUUCAGGCUACAGCGUGGAAAUUGGUUCUUUCCAAGGUCUUUUAGGAAUUCCAGAAAUCAGCUUCAUGAAAAAGGAAAUGAAAAAGGCCUUGGAGAAAUUCCUAAUGCUCAGGAAUGAGGACACCUGCCGAGCUGAAGCUUUCCUGCUAUUGACAGGGCUGACAGCAGCCCCUGAAGGUAAAGUUUGGACCUCUGAAGAGAAGAUGAAAAAAUGGGAGCUUAUGAAAAAUCACUUGGGGAGCUCACUCUCAAGUGAAAUUUCUGACACCAUUAGCAAAUACUUCUCACCUCAUGACUGGGAAGCCCUAGAGGGAGCCCUGAAGAUCCUCAUUGAUAAAGGUUAUGACCCCAUAGCAGAUGCUAGAUUAAGGGAAAUGGUAGUGAGAGAAUUAGAAAAUGUCCACCAGGGACAAAAGCAGGAAAAUACUACAACAUCAGAGUCCGCAGCCCUGCAGUCUCAUGCUAACCCACAGGAAGGUGUCCCGAAGCAGGACUUUCAAGAGCUGAUCAGAAGGCUGGGCUUACAGAAGUACUUCCCAAGGAAAAUGCAGAGGGCAGAUUUCCAAGUGAUUAAUGACUUGUUCCUGGGAGAGAGCCAGCCUGACAGUGAAUCCGAUCUGCCCUUUUGUAUUUUGCAAAAGCUGAUGAUGCUGGACUGUCAGGCAAGGUAUCUGGUUUGCAGAAGUGAUGAGGAAACAAUCUCCAUAGACACCCCACACCUCCAUCUAGAAAAAGUGUCUGAUAUCUUGGCUAAUAUUUUCGGACACACACCCGUAAAACUGAAUGACUCCCCUGGCCCCAAGCAGACACACCUGCAUCCCAUGGACGUGCAGAUGGCCAUCUUCCACUGUGCUGAUAACUUCAGGCAGUACAUGUUCUCAAGGCUCUCUGCUUGCCAGUUUGCUCUCCCACUUUUGGUCCCAAGUCCUUGUUCUGCACAGAUUGAAUUCCCUCUUUGGGCCUUUUGCCAAGUAAAGAAGGAGUGGCAGAAUUAUGAGAAAUCAGAUGGGAAAAUUACCAACAGGAAAUGUAACAACAAACUCAUUCGUCAAGUAAAGACCCCAGUGGUGUCUUUCCUGAGGCUUGGCAUGUCAGCCUCUUCAAAAUCUCAGAUCCUUAAUGCUCUGCUUAGCAAACAGAGGCAUAACAUUUUUUUCCAUCGUCACUGCAGGAACAGCAGUAAAAACUGCCUCUUGCUCCAGGGGGUUGCAGAAAUUUCCUGGUACUGCCCUGGUGGGAAGGAGGAUGACAGGUUUGACUGCUGUGUUGCAUUCACUAAUCUGCGUGGAAAUGCAAAAGAACAUGAAAAACAAAUCAGGUUUUUACAAGAAAUAACUUCUGUGUAUGUAAUCUUCUUGUCAUCAGCGGAUCAUGAUGAAAAAGACAGAAAAGUUAUCGAAGAUCUCCUAUGUACCUUAAAGACUUUAAUCCUGGUCUGGGUGGACAAGGAGGUUGUUAUGAAUAACAACAGUGAAACAGUAAAAAAUAUAGCUAUCAAGAACAAGAAUGAGGCAGAAUUAAUCACUGAGCUGACUGCACAAAUUAAAAGUGCUAUAGAUGCCUCAAAAACCUUUUACAGCCUUGAUGCUUGUGCUGCCGUUGCUCAGAAUCUUGGAUUCCUUCUUGAUGAAGAUGAAGCCGAAUGUAAGGAAGGGAAAGAACUGGCAGAGAAAGCAGUAAGUCUGCUGAAGAACAAGAAUUUUCUGGAGAACAAGGAUGAAUUUUUACCCCUUCAAGGAGAUCUGUGGCACAGGUGGUGUGAAAAUGACAAACAGCUAACUAAUCUGAGGGAAAGCAAGGACAGGAGUAUUGAGCAGCACCAAAGCCAAACGGAAUCCAAAAAACUUGAAAUACGCCAUCAGCAGGUUCAAAAAGCAUUUCCUCUAAAUGAUCUAAUGAAGUUGGUGCUCUCAGCUCUUUAUUCCCAGUCAGGUGACACCAAACUGUACUUCCUGCAUUGGCUGAAAGUAUUCAUCGAGGAGCUGUCUUCUGAUCAUCUGACAGAACUUCAUCAAGACUACCAUAAAAUGUGGUCAGAAAUGCAAACCAAUAAGAACUGCCAAAAGAACUUACAAUCACUGGCGGAGAAGAUGAGGAGAUCAACCUUUGGCCUUGAACACAUUUUGAGAGAAAUAGGUCAAAUCUAUGAAGCUGUGGAUGAAACUUUACUUAAUCAGGACAGGCUCAUUCUUCGUCUUCCCCAGAUUGUUGCAGACCUUAUGCUUGCUGGUUAUCCCAUGGAGCUCAUGGAUGGGGAUACUUCUUAUGUACCCCUGAAAUGGGUGACAGCUGUUUUUGGCAGGUUAACUGAGACCCUAAAAGAUAAAAGACUAUUUGUGCUUUCCGUCCUGGGUCUCCAGAGCAGCGGGAAAUCCACACUGCUGAACACCAUGUUCGGUCUGCAAUUUGCUGUCAGUGCAGGGAGAUGCACCCGUGGAGCCUAUAUGCAUCUCCUCAAAGUGGAGGAAAAGGUCAGGGAACACCUGGGAUUUGACUUUGUGCUCGUCAUAGACACUGAGGGUCUCCGGGCCCCAGAGCUCGCCAGUAAGCCACUGAAUCAUGACAACAAGCUGGCAACCUUUGUCAUCGGCCUUGGUAAUUUGACCGUGAUCAAUAUUUUUGGAGAGAAUCCUUCUGAAAUGCAAGACAUUCUGCAGAUCGCAGUUCAGGCCUUCCUGAGGAUGAAGCAAGUAAGACUUUCCCCGAGCUGUGUGUUUGUGCAUCAGAACGUGGGUGGAAUUAGCGCAGAGGAAAAAACUAGGGAAGGAAGAAGGUGCCUGCAACAGACUUUGGACAAAAUGGCAAUUAUCGCAGGCAAAGAAGAGUCUUAUGAGGUAACCGGCUUUAAUGAUGUGAUCCGGUUUAAUGUGAACACUCACGUCCAUUACUUUUCUCACCUGUGGGAAGGGGAUCCCCCAAUGGCCCCUCCUAAUCCCAGUUACAGCCACAAUAUUCAGGAUCUGAAGAGUCAGAUUCUCAAACCUGAAAAGGAAAACCAACACCAUUAUCCCCAGGUUCUCAGGAUGACAGAGUUUACAGUGCAUUUUAGAGAGUUAUGGAAAGCUUUGUUAAAUGAGAACUUUGUUUUCAGCUUCAAAAAUAGCCUGGAGAUUUCAGCAUACAACAAGCUGGAAUCCCAGUUUAGUAAAUGGACCUGGGAGUUGAGAAGUCACAUGCUUGAUGUGCGACACAAACUGGGUAUUCAAAUUAAAAAUGAAAAAUGCCUGGAUAUAAACCGAAGUCUCAUCGAAAAUCAGAUAGAAGAGAAAUUCAAAAUGACAAUGGAUAGUUUCCAAGUCUUCUUCAAAGAACAUGAUGACCAUGGGCUAUUGGUUCAGUGGAGAGCAUCUUCUGAAAAAAAGUUGCUAUGUUUUAAACAAGAGCUUGUGGAUGAUAUUUACAAACAAUGUAAAAUUUUCAUGACCAAAACCAAGCACCUCAUUUUAGUAGCUCAAAAGAAACAAGAUUACAAGGAUGAACUCCUCAAAAGAAGCAAAGAUUUGGUUGUGAAAUUCAACAAUCAAAAUGUAAGUGAACCUGAACUUAGAGAGGAAUUUGAUAAACAUUGGGAUAAGUGGAUUGAUGAGUUAUCUGCUGAGAAGACACUUUCUGAAAAACACAAUAUCAUUCAUGACAUGGAAACAUUUCUUAGACAUCAUUUUCAGGCUGUUGCUGACAUAGAAAACAGAAUUCAGGAGUCCUCCAAAUGGACCUGUGUUCCCUAUGAACGUUAUGAGGAGGGAAAGAAGUUACAAAAAAUAUGGUCCUCAAUCCCCUUUUUUGGCAACUCAUGUAGCAAAGAUAAGUUAAAGAAAACAACCCAACUCUUGGAAAAACAGAUGUAUGACUACAUUCUCGAGGAAGAACUCAGUGGCCAAGAUUACAGCCCCCAUUAUUUUGCAGAAAUAGUGGCUAAGAUAAAAGAUACAUUAGAAACUCAAUCUACUGAAACAAAAUUUCCCACUUCUUAUCAAACAGAUGUGUGCCUGUUUUUGUGCCACAAAGCAACAAAAAGAUUAAAUGAGAUGAGCAAUACAUUUCAGAAAUACAAUGAUCCAACAACUUACCUUACAAGCCACAGAGAUGACUUAUUUUUUAGUUUUCAAAUUUACUUUCAGGCAGCCAUAUCCAGCUCUGUGUUUGCCGAUUUCUUGUGUAACAAGUUGAAAGAGGCCAUCCGCUAUGAAAUCUAUGAGAAGACUGCUAAGGCAAUUGCUGACCAGAUGAAAAAAUCCCAUCCAGCCUUCAGGUCUAACAGAUCAAAAUUGGAAUUCUACAUGCUGAAAUCUCUUGCAGAAGAGGAAAGCCUGGAGAAGUACAAUCAAUAUAUAUACAAUCCAAAAUAUUUCAUGGGGGAGUUUAUUAGAAAAUGUGUUGAUGAGUAUGUAAAUCAGGAGAACCCCAAACUGAAGGGCUUGUUAGAAGAAAACCUUAAGGAAUUCCAAGAUCUUGGUCAUUCAGCAAUUGUAGAAUCCACUGAAGCUAUCCAACAUAAAAGAGGGAAUGCAUCUAUGUGGUUGAAUGAAUUUCAUAGGAUACUGGGAGAUAACUUGUAUGUUUCACGAAGAGAAUUGAAAACUAUUGAACAUCACAAGAUAACUGACUUGAAAAUUUUUAAGGAGACCAUGACUAAAACUCUGACUGACAAACUACAGAAGCUGAAAAAUGACUUUGCUACUACUGACCUGGAUCCAUUUCUAUCCAAACCCCAUGAGAUCCUUCAUGAGUCCCUGAUUGCACAUCCUGGUUCAGAAAAUCUCCAGGAAUUUGUCUUGACUCAGAUCAGUGUUCCACAUGUUGGGGUGGGGAGCCAGGUGCUGAAGACCUGGCCACUGCACUGCUGGGCUUCCAAUAGACACUGCAGCUUCAAGGAGAAGGAGUGUGUGUACAAGAAGGACCUGACACCACAGUUCAUCAUAUUUCUGUUGAAGUGUUCCCAGGUGGCCUGCAGUCAGAUUAACCAGAAAGACAUUCAGCUACUGCAGUUUGGAAUUUGUCUCUAA